AUGAAAGAGAUCAGAAAACUUCUGGAAGAGUUGUGAGAAGUGGGUGGGUAGCUGCAGGGGAUUAGAAAGAUGAGUAUAAAAGAGGAUGAUGGGAGACAGAUGAAAAGUAGAAGAGAGACUGCAGAAAAAAAGAGCUGAGGAGUCAAACUCAUUUUUGUUUUGCAUCUGCAAGCAAGAAAUCAUAUCCUCUGAAAAGCUCACCACUGUGAAACGAGGAAAUGAACGCAAUGGAUGCCCCAGCCCCCACAGACAAGAAGGGACCCCCCAGGUUCAAGCAGAGAAUAGUCCGGACUUUCAAGAGCAAAGCACCAAAACCGGGUCAGAAGGGUUUCGGAGAGGACAUCCCUGGAAUGGAGGGUCUCGGCACAGACUUCACUGUGAUUUGUCCGUGGGAGGCUUAUGGCGACAUGGAACUAAGUGAUCUGGCUAAAUAUGGAAUUUUGUAAUUUUCUGUUUUGUAGGUCUUCCUCUCUCUCUUUUGGAUUCCUCUCCUUUUACAAGUUCUCACUGUUAGGUAUUUCAUGGUGGUACAAUUCAGUAACCUGGACAGUAAAAAUAAAUAAGCAGCAUUCUCCUCAGCCACCCCCCCACCAAUGAAUAAUUGGUAAGUCCAAAAAGAUGGCACACUUCAGUUGAUUUCCGGACCAUGGAUGUAAGAUUGAGGAAUCAGGAAGGCAUUAUUUAGACGCACCCCAUGCUGCACAACCUAGAUUUGCAUACUGAAACAUGAUUGGUUCUUAUAUUUUAUGAUGCAAUUAUGCUGUCACUCAUAAUGCUGUUGUG